UGCCUGUCAUCUAAGAACCUCCAUUGGCUGCAGGAUGUAUGUAGCCUGAAAAUGGUUUUCUGUCAUUUUCUCUUUACAUUCAAGGACUGGCAGGAAAGAUUUUGCCCCUGAGAGAGAACGGCACAUCAUUCAAGUCAAGGGACUGUCAGUGGAAAUGAGGCACUAACUGGAAGCCACUUCACAUACACUUUUUACUGAUUACUAUGGAGACCAAGGAGGAGAAAAAAGAACGACGACAAGGCUAUUUUGCCCGUUUGAAAAAGAAGAGGCUAGCUAAACUAAAUUCAGAGACAGUUCCUACAAAUACUUGUGGAACUCCAGUGGGUAGAACGUCCACGGGAAAAGAAGAUGGAAGCAAAGAUGUUUUGGUGCAAAGCAGUGGCUCUCAAGAAAACGGCAAGCAUUCUGGGGAAAAGGAAGACUAUGAGAAAAAAAAGAAAAAGAGCAGUCAGCCAAAGGAUAUCAGGCGCACAGAUCUUAAGCGAUUCUAUAGUACUGAUGACAAUCAAAGCAAAACCAAUGAGAAGAAAGAAAAGAAAAUGGUUUCUCAGAAACCUCAUGGUACAGUCGAAUAUACAGCUGGAAGCCAAGAUACGUUGAACAGCAUAGCCUUGAAGUUUAACAUCACUCCAAAUAAACUUGUGGAGCUAAAUAAACUUUUCACACAUACCAUCGUCCCAGGCCAGGUUCUAUAUGUGCCUGAUUCUGAGCCUAUUUCUACAGCAGCAAAGCUGGCUUCCUCAAGUCCUGGUGCUGCUGUUUCACCUUCAUCAUCAGAUGCAGAGUAUGAUAAACUUCCGGAUGCAGACUUGGCAAGAAGAGCCUGUCGGCCACUCCACAGAGUCCUAUCAUCCACUUCAGAGGAAGAUGAGCCAGUUGUGGUCAAGUUUUUGAAAAUGAAUUGCCGAUACUUCACCGAUGGGAAGGGCGUGGUAGGAGGGGUCAUGAUAGUCACUCCCAACAACAUCAUGUUUGACCCUCACAAAUCGGACCCUUUGGUCAUUGAGAACGGCUGUGAAGAGUAUGGUCUCAUUUGUCCUAUGGAGGAGGUUGUUUCUGUUGCACUCUACAAUGAUAUAUCUCACAUGAAGAUUAAGGAUGCACUGCCCUCUGACAUUCCAAAGGAUCUUUGUCCUCUGUACAGGCCUGGUGAGUGGGAAGACCUGGCUUCUGAGAAGGACAUCAACCCUUUCAGCAAAUUUAAAUCCAUGGACAAGGAGAAGAAGAAGCAGAAGGUGGGCAGUGUUGUUACCCUUAACGCCAGACAGGUGAAGCCCUCAGACAAGGAGAAGACUACAGAUUUGGAACUUGUUAAAUCUUCCGAAAAUUCUUCCUUACUGACAUCCAGAGUGGUAGAAACUCCAGGAGACUCUGUCACUGCACAGUCUUCAGAAGGGGUAGCUUUGGAAAUUUAUACUGCAGAGCAUUCAAAGGAGAGAGUUACUCUGGAUUUAACCAAAGACAGUUCCCUUCUGGAGGAAGAUGGCUUUAUUGACCUAGAAGAGACUUCAUCAAAGAUUGAUAGCAGAGUGGGCCAGGGAGAUGCAGAACCAGAUUUCCUCAAAGAUUGUAAAAUAAAAGAGGAGGUCCGGUUGAAAGCAACAAAUAAAGAAAAUUGUAAGCAAUCAAUGUUGGAUUCAUUAGGGACAAAGCAGGAUAUUCCUAAGGACAUCCUUGAUUUGGAGACCUGUGAGAAACUAGAUGUAGUGCCUGAAGUGAACAAGAGUGGUAGUUCUCCAACUAAUAAAAUAGAGGCAACCCUUGAUGCAAAUGAGGAGCUAAAUAAAGACAAGCUUAUUGAAUUUUACCUCAGCAAAGAUAAGAACGAACCAAAGUCUACUGGUGGCUUGAGUAAGACUGAAAUCAAGGAAGAAGGGAACAGUAUAUCAAGGGGCAUAGAUCUCACACUUAGUUCUUCACGUUCCCAUGCCACUGAUGUUCUUACAGGCCAAAGGGCAGGGCCUGAUUCCUGUUCAGUUGAAGGGAAAGAACUGUUGCUAGACAUUGGCUCAGCAGCAGGAGAAGAAAACAAAGAGUCUGAAGGAUCAUUAGCCUCUUCAUUGAUGUCACAUCCAGAUAAUAAAUCUGAAAUUAGACUGUGGCUGCUGAAGAGAAUCCAGGUGCCCAUUGAAGAUAUGCUUCCUUCUAAAGAGGAGAAGAGCAAGACCCCUCCAAUGUUUCUGUGCAUCAAAGUGGGCAAGCCUAUGAGGAAAUCCUUCACUUCCCAAAGUACCACGAUGACCCAGCAAUAUGGUAAAAGGAGAAAGCAACCAGAAUACUGGUUUGCUGUUCCCCGAGAAAGGGUAGAUCACCUGUAUACCUUUUUUGUACAAUGGUCCCCUGAUGUGUAUGGCAAAGAUGCUAAGGACCAGGGCUUUGUAGUGGUGGAAAAGGAGGAACUUGACAUGAUAGACAACUUCUUCAGUGAACCCUCAACUAAAAGCUGGGAGAUCAUUACUGUGGAAGAAGCAAAACGCCGAAAGAGCAUUUGCAGCUACUGUGAAGAAGACGAUGGUGGGGAGGAUGAGGAUGAGGAUGAUGCUUUGCCUGUUUUGAAAAACCAGAGUGCACUCUUAGAAAAUAUGCAUGUUGAGCAGCUUGCCCGGUGCCUGCCUGCAAGAGUUCAGGGAUAUCCCUGGAGGCUUGUGUAUAGCACACAAGAACAUGGAACCAGCUUGAAAACCCUGUAUCGUAGAUCAGCAUCUCUGGAUAGUCCAGUCCUACUUGUCAUCAAAGACAUGGAUAAUCAGAUAUUUGGAGCUUAUGCAACGCAUCCCUUCAAGUUUAGUGACCACUAUUAUGGGACUGGAGAAACAUUCCUGUACACAUUUAAUCCUCUUUUCAAGGUUUUCAAGUGGAGUGGAGAAAACACCUACUUCAUCAAUGGAGAUGUGGCUUCAUUAGAACUUGGUGGUGGAGAUGGCAAGUUUGGAUUAUGGCUAGAUGCUGAUUUGUACCAUGGUCGGAGUAAUUGCUGCAGCACAUUCAAUAAUGAUAUCUUAUCCAAAAAAGAAGACUUUGUUGUACAGGAUGUAGAAGUAUGGACAUUUGAGUGACAUACUUGCCUUAAAAGUCAGACUCAGAUUUAUGGAGUAUUCCAUGGAUGUUGAAGAUGGGAAUACAGACUGCCUCAAAAAUACAACAUACUUUUCCAGUCCUUAAUUCAGGCCAUAUACUGGUUUUACAAGAAGAUUUAAGGGAGAAAUUGGACAUAGUUCAAUCUUAUUCCUGCCUUGCCAAUGUUCCUACACUAUGGAUGCAAAAUAUUUAUGGGAAGGUAUUUCUGAUAUACAGAUUUGUUCAUAACAAUCUCAUUUUCUGUAACUGUAAAAGGAUACUGUGGGGAAAAAACACAGAGCUAUGUAGUACAUUCCAUGUGUAUUUUUAUUCAGUGAAAGUGAAAACCAAAAAGAGGAGCAAAGUGGUGUUUCCAAACUGCAUUUAGUGGUGGUUUCUAUGACAAAAUAGUAGUCAUCAACUAUACAGCACUUAAAAGGAACAUUUUUUAAAUAAUGUAUUUAUUAUUUGUAUAGUAAUUUUUUUCUGAAAUGUGAUAGGCAUGUUUUUCCUUUUAACAUUUCAAAUUUCAGAAUUUUCUGGAAAGAUGUAUUGAAGUAGAUGUCUUCAGUGCAAUAGUGAUGUAUGGUUCAUUUUCUUAAGGGUUUUUUUAUAUUUUGUUGUGAUUUUUUUUAAUUUUGUAAAAGAAAUA